AUGUCAAGUACCCCUCCAAGCCAGUCUGGCACAGGCAAUAUUCACAACCUGCAUCAGUAUCAUCAUCAGUAUCCACAGCUGCCAGCACAUCAUCAGCAACCUUUCAUACAACAUUAUCUGCAAAUGCCGCACAUACCACAGCACUAUCCGCCACCUUUGCAGCAUCAGUAUUAUCCACUGCACUUCAUUCAUCAGCCUCCAUACCAACAGUAUCUUCCAAUGCGACUGGCGAGGAUGCAACCAGAAGUUCCAGCUCCAGAGUACCCUCCAACCCCAGAACUGUCCCAGGCAUCAUCAAAAGCCCCAGCAUCAUCCCAAGUAUCAGUGAGACUGCGACUAAACCCUGAACCAUGCCCUGGAGUUUUUAGUUUUGACAUUGACAUUAUCAUGGGUGACAUGAAGUGUGGAUUUCGUGGCGAGACUGACAUGCCUUGGGAUGACUUCAAAAGUCGCGUUCUUGCAUACCUCGAUGCUCCUGAAGAAGUCCAGCUUGUGUAUAAGUUCAUGGGUGAUAACAGUAAAGCUUCUCACCUAAACAAUGCAGAAGCAUUUGGUAUUGCUAUGGAUCGAUUUUGUCACAAAGUGUCCAAUGCGUGUACAAGAGUCAUUGCUUUAGAGGCCAAACAGACUACCACCAAAGCGAAAAAGAGGACGCGCGAAGAUGAUAUUCCCCCAGUGACCGAGGAGGAUUCCAUGCAGCUCAAAGUGUACAAACAGCUUGAGUGCCACAUUCAAUGUGAGCUUCACUGUGGCCAUUGUUUCAUAGAUUGCACCAAUGGCUAUGAUAACCAUCAUCAUCUCAAUCAUGCCAAGAUGACUCUCUGGGCUAAAAAAAUUAUGCAGAUCCCCACAUCAAAGACUCCUAGUCCUCCACUGCUUCCACAACAGUGCCCCUUCAAGUUUGUGCCCCAGAUCCCUAGCACAACACUGCCAGACUACUCAAAAAUUGGGGUGUUGCUUGCGCUGAUUGAUGCCAAAAAACCAGAACUGCGGAUUCGUGAGCUUGAAACAUCCCUGCUAGAUGCAGGGGUGGUUUUUUUGAGCCAAGUAAUGCUCUUACCUAAGGAUGUGUUGAGUGUCAUUGGCGAUAUGGGGCAAAAGCAGGCCAGAAUACUCUGCAAUUACGCUAAACAGAUCAUUCUGCUGCUCCUUAGACUCAUCAGUUCAUACGAGGAGCCAGAGGCUUUUAGUGCAGGGACUCAGAACAAAGGGAAGGAGUGUGCUAUCAAGAUUGAAGAUGAUUUGUGGCAGGAAGGAGAAUCAGAGUAUGGAAGCGGCGAGUACAAUGAGUAUGAGAGCAAUGACAAGACUGAGGGGGGUGGAGAAUUCCUGACCUAA